CUAUUUUUUAUUGAGCAUGUAUCUGCGCGUUUUAAAAAUGAAUUCUGAUACGUGUAAUCUACAUGUACCACGAAAUAAUAACUGUUAAAAUCAAUAAAAAGAAAUGGUUUUAUGUGUUAUCGAACAAAAUUUUUGAGCAAAUAUAACUAUGCGAAUUAUGGCAAGUAUGAAAUCAUACUAACUUCAUACAUAGUUACGCGUCAGCUUAAUAAUCCAUGCACGUUGUACACAUGCAUUGUUUUGUACAUAAUCUAGGUAUGCAAGUCAGUAUCUUAAGACCCGAAAUAAUGCCCUUGUAUAUCGAUUGACAAGUUGUCAUUCGUGUCAGCUGAGGUUUCAUGGAACAUCGUUUACGAACGUUAUAAUUAAUAAAAAGGAACAUGUAAAUUUAAAAACACGAAAUAUAGUUGUUGCUCGCGACCACAAUUCCUAUUUUUGUCAUCUUCGAUUAUGCGACGUAUAUUAAAUUCUAUCGUUUAUUUAUAUAUCCUGGUUUCUUUUUAAUUCUGAUAAAAAGAAAACUGUAGCUAUGACAGAGGACGUGAAUCGACUAAGCAGAUAUUUUAGACAAUUGCUAAAACCAACAACGAAAUCGAACAUGCUAGAAUGUAGAGUUUGUGACGAGGUAUUUACGAUUGACGGAGUGAAUGUUCCAAGAUUGUUACACUGUGGUCAUACAGUGUGUCAUUCUUGUUUAUUAAGAAUAAGACCAUGCAUGACGGAUCAGCAAUUUUUACUUUGCCCCUUCGAUAGACAGCCGACAGGCAUCAGUGAAAAUCAUGUUUACAGUUUGAAAAAGAAUUUUGCUUUGAUUGAAUUACUAGAAAGGUUGGAGCAAUCAAACGGUGAGAAAACAUUGAUACUUGAAAAGGAAAGACUUCAAUCUAAUCAAACUUGCGACGAAGACGAAGCACAUAUUGCUGUAUUGUAUUGCACUGUUUGCUCUACUCAUUUAUGCGAAAAUUGUGAUAGUACAAUUCACUCUUCAAAGACACUCAGUAAGCACAGACGAGUGCCUUUGUCAGAAAAACCAAAGGAUAAACCAAAAUGUCCAGUUCACACAAUGCAUGUAGCAGAAUUUACUUGCACGCAGGAAGGUUGUCACAAUUCGCUUAUGUGUUAUUUAUGUAAGGACUAUGGCAGACAUAGUACGCAUAAGCUAGCAUUGGUGGAAGUCGAGGCAGAAAAUAUUAGAAAGUCUAUCGUUACUGCUCUGCAAAAAAUGACACAAUUUAUAGAGAGUAUGAGAGACACAGCUCAAAGAAUAGAGACAGUAAUAUUAUUAUUGGAAGGAUGGGUAUUGGACGAUGCAAGACAACAAGUUCAUCAACAUUUCGAGGAAUUACGAGCCUCGUUGGCGGAACAAGAAAAUGCGGCCAUCACCUGUAUUGAAACGGAAACUCAUGGAAGACUAUGCGCUCUGAGACAGCAACAACAGGAUCUUACCACCACGAGAUCUCAGGUGGCCGACGUGUGCAUUCAAUGUGAAAGCAUGUUAGAUUUAGAAAAUUGGAAACUACUACGCAGUGCAACAAGCGUUCAGGAAGUUUUAACUAUGUUGGAACAACGGCAACAAUACUAUGCUCAAUUGGGUCCUGAUUUUCUCACGCCUCAAGCUUCUAUUCCCAUAAUAUUUAGCAAGGAUAAUAGGGUAUAUAUUGGCACAAAAAUCGACAUGCGUGUGGUGAUAUUGGGAUUGGACGGUGCUGGUAAAACGAGCAUAUUAUCAGCGAUGAGAGGAAUUACGCUUUCCGGUCCGCCAAUACCGACUAUAGGAUUCAACGUCGAGAGUCUAGAAUACAAAAAUCUGGCGUUUACAUUGUGGGACGUUGGCGGUCAACAAAAAUUCAGGCCACUAUGGAAACACUACUAUCAAAAUACGCAGGCUGUUAUCUUUGUUGUCGAUGCCAGUGAGAGAUCCCGAUUUGAAGAGGCGCAAAAUGAAUUGUCGAAAAUCGUCAACGAACGCGAACUUAAGGAUGCUUUGUUUUUAAUCUACGCUAAUAAACAGGAUAUCGCUGGCUGUGCCAGCAUAGAGGAGCUGACCGACAUUCUAUGCUUACAAAAACUUUGUUGCGGUAGAGCAUGGCACAUACAGGGAUCAUCUUUAGUUACAAACGCUGGUGAUUCUACUCAAGGUCUCGAUUGGUUGUGGCAACAACUGGGUGCUCAUGAAACCUUGCAUACAAUACCUACGGUAUCGUAAAUGCGUAAUCAUUCUAGCACUUUCGGUGCUAAGACCUGAAUGUGUAACAAAAGUACCGGGUGCGAGAAUCUAAUAAUCCUGUUUAUGUAUGUUUGCUGAAAGCUCAUCGGUGUUAAUUUAACGCGCCGCACUCAUCAACUGAAGAACUUAUGAGAGUCUACAGCCUCGAAAGAGCUAGAGAAUAAUCGAGAUCGUGAUUUUACUGAUCUCAAUAUACUUCGUAAUUUGUGAAUUGCACAUUCCGCAAUAUUUUCGUCGAUU